AUGGCUACCAACGAAGACAGUCCGUCUUAUUACAGGGUGCCUGUUGAGGAGAUACGAGCUAGUGAAUACCCGUUACUCAAAGAUACAACCUAUCUAGACCAUGCAGGGACAACACUCUAUGCAAAAUCUCUCAUAGAGACCUUCUCGCAGGAAUUAACAAGUAACCUCUUUGGAAACCCCCAUUCAGCAUCCUCAUCUUCCCAGCUAUCCACUAGCCGGAUCGAUGAUGCAAGGGUACGAGUCCUUCGCUUUUUCAACGCAAGACCAGAAGACUUUGACGUUGUAUUUGUCGCCAACGCCACAGCCGGAAUUAAACUGGUUGCAGAAAGUCUACGGGACUAUGAUUCAAAGGGAUUUUGGUAUGGAUACCAUGUUGAUUCCCACACUAGCUUGGUUGGGGUUCGAGAUAUGGCUAAACGGGGGAAGAAGUGUUUCAUUAAUGACGAAGAGGUAACUGAGUGGAUUGGGAUGUUGAAAGAUCGAUGCGAUACUCCCGAGUUGGCUGGUCCGACCCUGUUCGCAUACCCGGGUCAAUCUAAUAUGACUGGUCGUCGGCUGCCUUUGAACUGGUGCAGGGACAUUAAUGCAUGUGUAAGCACUGACGGGAAACGAAAGGCCUUCACAUUGCUUGAUGCCGCUUCUCUUGCCUCCACGUCUCCAAUAGACCUGAGCGUCGCAACCUCUGCUCCAGAUUUCACUGUUGUCAGCUUCUAUAAGAUCUUCGGCUAUCCUGAUCUUGGAGCCCUCAUUGUUCGCAAAGAUGCUGGUCAUCUUUUUCAGAACAGGAAGUACUUCGGUGGGGGCACAGUUGGAAUGGUCUUGACCGUUGGAGAACAGUGGCAUGCCAAAAAGGACGCCGCUCUUCAUGAACAGCUUGAAGAUGGUACCUUGCCUUUUCAUAGCAUUAUUGCCUUGCAUUCGGCCUUUGACGUGCAUGAACGGCUUUACAGCGAUAUGAACAAUAUAUCCCGCCACACUGGAGAUAUGGCAGAAAUAUUAUACGAUAUAAUGUCUUCUUUAGAACAUGGCAAUGGCACGAAAGUUUGUGAGAUUUACAAAGGGCCAGGGCAAUAUAUUGAGCGCGAUCUCCAGGGUCCUAUCAUAUCGUUCAAUUUAAAAGAUAGUGCUGGCGGUUGGGUUCGAAAGUCAGAGGUGGAGAAGUUGGCUGCUGUGAAAAAUAUCCAGAUACGCUCAGGGACACUAUGCAAUCCUGGCGGGAUGGCGUAUUACCUUGGGCUACAGGCUGAUGAUAUGAGACGGAACUAUAAUGCAGGCCAACGCUGCGGAGACGACAACGAUGUUAUUUCUGGAAAGCCGACUGGUGGCCUGCGUGUUAGUCUGGGUGCUAUGACGUCGAGAAGAGAUAUUGAUACAUUUGUCGACUUCAUCCGAGAUUUUUACGUUGAAGAGUGUAUAGUUGGUGAGGUCAUCCCUGACCCUAAUUCGUUCACCCCUUCUGUCCAACAGCCUCCUUCGAGGUUUUAUAUCGAGAAACUCUGCGUCUAUCCGAUAAAGAGCUGCGGAGCAUUCGUUGUCCCUGAAUCAAUGGAUUGGGAAGCACUGGUGUGGUUCUGA